UUUCCGCCCGUAAUCAACAUGGCGGCCCCGGGUAGACGAGAGUUGCUGAGGACCUUAUCCCAGUUCGGCGCUUUCAUUCUGACCCGGUUCGGGUUCUGGAAUUGUUUUAGCAUGCUCAUGCUGUUUGCUGAAAGAGCCGAUGUGAAAAGGAAGCCCGAUAUCCAGGUACCGUACCUGUACAUAGACAUGGGUGUGGCGGUGUUGUGCGCCAGCUUCAUGUCGUUCGGAGUGAAGCGUAGGUGGUUCGCCCUUGCUGCCGCUAUUCAGCUUGCUUUGAGUACUUACGUCUCCUACGUGGGAGGACUGGUUCACUAUGGAGACUGGUUAAAGGUGAGGAUGUACUCCCGGGCCCUGGCCAUCAUUGGGGGAUUCCUGGUUCUGGCGAGUGGAGCCGGGGAAGUGUACCGACAGAAACCCAGGACCCGAUCACUGCAGUCCACAGGCCAGGUGUUCCUGGGGAUCUACCUGAUCUGCAUGGUGUACUCCCUGCAGCACAGCCAGGAGGACCGCAUGGUGUACCUGGACCACAUCCCCGGCGGGGAGCUGACGGUGCAGCUGCUGGUGGUGGUGUUCGGCGUGCUGGCGCUGGCCUUCCUGUCGGGCGUCUACGUGCGCGUGGCCGCGCAGAUCCUCUCCGUCAUGCUGCCGCUCGUCGUGCUCUUCAUCGACGGUAACCUCGGCUACUGGCACCGCACCCGCCACGUCGAGUUCUGGAACCAGAUGAAGCUGAUCGGCCAGAACGUUGGCAUCUUCGGCGCCGUGCUGAUCUUGGCCACCGACGGAUGAGGAGGAGGAGGAUGAGGAGGCGCCCAGGAGCACGUUCGGCAGCGUCUAACAGAGACGGACAUCCCGGGUCCUGCCAUAUAUUCUUUCCACCUGUAGACUUAACACAGGCGAUAGCACCAAUGAUCUGAUCUACCCAGUGGUGUAGUCUAAGAGACGUACGCAGUAUAUCCAUCCACUUAAAAAGUAUCGCCAUCUCAGUAUACCCUCUUAAAAUAGGCAAGGUUACGUAUUAACAUUUGGGGUUGAUCACAGUAUACCCACUACAGCAGACUAGACUACACCACUGAAUCUACCUGGCUGCUACUUAGGACGAGUCGGUCUGCUAAAUGGUUGGGUCAAAUACUUGGCAGAACUUUUACUUUCUGAACCCGGGAUGUCCACCUCUGGCGUUUAAGUAGAGGGAGGAAGACCUCCCGACCCCCCCAUCCUCACCCUCCUCCUCCCCCUCCUCCAGGUGAAGGGUGCUUGAACUCUGGGUCAGGACUGCGUCUCAGGCUCGAGGUCAGGUGGGAGAGAACUGAACCUGAUCAUGAACUCAUUGGAAAGAACUGUCUAGAGCUUGCCAGAGCACAAACAGGCUGAAGAACGUCUCUUCAGCUCACUCCUUUACACAUCUUGAAAUCUUUCAGAUGUGAAGCGUCCACAAAAAAAGAAGAAGAAAAAAAUGGUUCCAUCAGCUAUCUGUUCUUUAUAAUAUAUAAAACAUAUAUCAUCAUUGUAAUGUUUAAUGUUUACAUUUGCUUGAUUGUUUUUAUAAUUGUUUAUUUAUGAAUAAAUAAGUCUUGGUUUACUGUAAAGGCAGGUUACAUUGCUGUACUUUAGGGACGCCUUGUCUUGGUUGCAUGCAGCUCUGCCUUUUUGGUGUUGCAUCCAAGUACAACUCUGCAGGUCUGCAUUUUUGGUGUUGUGCAGCUCUUUGCAUUCCUUUUGCCACUGCUUUGAGAACAGGCAAUAAAAGAUUUAAUGCUUUUGUAUGAAA